CACAGUUUUCAACAAAAUGGCGGACAAAACAGAGCGAAAUGAGUUUGAACUGAGAUUGAAAUCCGGCAUAAACGACCCGGAAGCCGAAGAAGAUGAUGACGACGAAGAAGAUGAAGAUGAUGAUGAUGAAGAAGAGGGGUCUGAAGAAGAUGAGGACGAGGUGGAACCCAAGUUAAAAUACGAAAGAAUUGGAAAUGCCAUGAAUACUAUUCUGAAUGGAGAGGAGUGUGCAAGUUGUAUGGCAGUCCACACGAAGUUUCUUGCCCUUGGAACUCACUAUGGAGUUGUUCAUAUACUGGACCAUCAAGGAAACCCAAGCAGUAGUAAAAAAUAUCCAUCACACACUACAGCUAUCAAUCAAAUCAGCAUUGAUCAGAGUGGAGACUAUGUUGCCAGCUGUUCUGAUGACGGACGAGUUGUAAUAAAUGGCCUUUAUAGCUCUGAAAACAAUGUCCAGGCCAGCUUUGAUACUCCUGUUAAGUCAGUAGCUUUGGAUCCUGAGUUCUCCAAGAAAAGAACCAAAAUGUAUGUUACAGGAGGAACAAAGUUGAUUUUGACAGAGAGAGGCUGGUUCAGAAACAAGUCAAGUAUCUUACAUGAAGGAGAAGGAAACAUUAGAACAAUAAAAUGGAAAGCAUCCCUUAUAGCAUGGGCUGAUGACACAGAGGUCAAGGUGUUUGACAUGAAUUCUCACAGAGUAAUAACUCAUAUAAAGAGAGAAACCAGAAAUUAUAGACCUGAGUUAUAUCGCUGCUGUCUGUGUUGGAGGGAUGAUGUCACUCUUUUAAUUGGCUGGGCAGACAUGGUUCAGAUUUGUGUGGUUAAAGAAAGGCUGGUUCCAAGGUCAGAUCUCCCUCCUUUGGUUGUGGAAAUAGUUGCAAGGUUCAAAACUGACUAUUACAUUUCUGGAAUUGCAUAUCUUAAAGAUGACUUGGUUAUUCUGUCAUACAUGACAAACAUUGAGGAAGGCACCCAAAAGAAAGGUGAACAGUUAGUUGCACACAGGCCACAGUUAAGGAUUUUAACACCACAGGGCUGCAAUGAACCUGAGGAGCUUUCUGCAGAUGCUUUGUCAGUCAGAGGAUUUGAACAUUAUCGAUGUGAUGAUUAUCAUUUAGCAUUUCUGCAUGAUGAUUUGGACAGUCCUUCUUCUUUCCAUUAUGGUGAAAAUGUUGUGGAAGAGAAUCUGUUUUACAUUGUUAGCCCUAAAGAUCUUGUCCUGGCUAAGCCCAGAAAUAUUGAUGAUCACAUUAAAUGGCUCAUGGAUCAUGGAAAGUAUGAGGAAGCUCUGAGUGUAUCUGAAACAAACAGUAAAGAAGUCAAGAAACAUAAUCAUCAAGAUAUUGGAAGAGCUUUUUUGAAAUCUUUGAUGGAGGAAGGAAAAUAUGAGACAGCUGCCAGAUUGUGCAUCAAAGUAUUGAGUGAUGACAAGAAACUCUGGGAAGAUGAAGUGUACAAAUUUGCCAGAAAACAUCAGCUGGAGGCUAUCGCCCCUUAUAUUCCUACCAAAGCAGUGAAGCUGAGCUCAGCAAUUUAUGAAAUGGUUCUGUAUGACUUCCUCAAGAAAGAUGUCAAGAAAUUCCAGGCACUGAUCAAGGAAUGGCCAGCAGAUUUAUACGGUAUGCAGCCCAUCAUUAAUGCUAUACAGGAUCAGCUGGAUAAGGACCCUAAGAACCGUGUUCUUUUGGAAACUCUUGGAGAACUUUACACGCGGCUGAAGAGAUAUGAUAAAGGGCUCGCCAUAUACCUUAAACUUGGACAUAGCGAUGUGUUUAACUUGAUCCAUCAACACAACUUGUUUAGCUCUAUUCAGGACAAGAUUAUUAUGCUCAUGGAAUUUGACAAAGAGAAAGCCGUGAAGAUGUUGAUUGAUAAUACAGACAAAGUUCCUGUUGAAGAGGUUGUGCGCCAACUGAACAGGCGAUCAGAACUUCUUCAUGUGUAUCUUGACUCGCUCUUCGUGAAGGAUCCACAAGCCGGGAUGGAUUAUCACGAACUACAGAUUCCUCUUUAUGCAGAAUUUGAGCGAUCAAAAUUGCUUACUUUUCUGAGAAACAGCAAUUAUUAUCCUCUGCAAAAGGCUCUAAACGAGUGUGAACAGAGGCGCUUGGUUCCGGAGAUGGUUUUUUUGCUCAGUCGCAUGGGAAACAACAAGCAAGCUUUGCAGUUGAUAAUUCAGGAAGAAAAUGAUGUAGAGAAGGCAAUUGAAUUCGCCAAAGAACAAGACGACGAAGAUUUAUGGGAUGAUCUGAUCAAUUAUUCUCUUGACAAACCAGAGUUUAUCACGGGGCUCUUGCAUAAUAUCGGGACUCAUGUUGAUCCGAUCAAACUCAUAAAGAGGAUUCCUGAGGGAAUGAAGAUUCCUGGUUUGAGAGAUUCAUUGGUGAAAAUUCUUCAAGACUUCAAUUUGCAGAUCUCUCUUCGUGAAGGCUGCAAAAAGAUUCUCGUCAAAGACAGCGUGUCUUUGCUACAAAGGUUGAGCAAGGUUCAGCAAAGGGGAGUGUCAAUUGACGAUGAAACAAAGUGUCCCGUUUGUCAAGGAGCAGUUAUUGCUGAAGAUACAAAACGAACCUCACAUGUUGUGGUUUUUUUCUGUAAACAUGUUUAUCAUGAAGAUUGUUUACCAGCUCGUGACGUGGGUCCGUUUUGCCAGAUUUGCACAGCGCAUAGCCAAGUGAAGAGACUGCGUUCCCGUCACGUGCAGAGAAAUGAAGCAAGGCCUUGAUUGGCCAACCAUCCCAAGAGAUCGAGAUUCUAGGACUCACAACUUCAGAAAUUAAAUUUAGAAUGAUGCUAUAACUGACAACCCCCACCCACUCGUUAAUUAUGAAAAUCCCUUCAUUUAGAGACGACAGAAGCUGCUGUCCCAAUCGUGUGUUCGUGCACCUCUCGAGGAAAGGCCGAACAGAACAGUAAAUGAACCUAAUUAUAUAGAUUUAAUUCCCAUAAUUUAAGACCCGCAGCAGAAUCUUUAAAGAUACCUUGCGCAGGAAACAACUAAGGAGAAGUUCACGUGAGAAAAAAGGGUGUUAGGUGUUUUCGUUUUCACACCAGAGUGCAUUUUUAUUGAGUGUCAUGAUUUUAUUGAGUGUCAUUGAUUAUAACAGCCAAUCGGGACCAAUACAAAGUAAACCGGAAGAAAAACCAAGUAAAUCCGCGAAGCAAGAAUAAACUCUCCCAUAACAAAACUGAGUAGAGCAAGGCUAAUUGGGUCCUAGUUUACUUUUGACACCACGAGUCGAACAUUCAAUUUAAGAGUGCGUUCUUGGUUAUUUUGGAAAAAAAACUAAUGUGCGCAUGCAGGUGUAUUGCCAGCCAUUUGCAGGGAGCAGUGAAUGAUGCACCUCUGGCAGCAGUUUGAUUUCUCUGCGUCCCAGCCAAGCAGUGAGACAAGCUAACAUUUAAUCCUGGCUUGCAAGAACUUAGACCCCGCUGAUAAACACUUUGUCAUUUGUUUGGUCAUCAGCAAUUUUUAUUGUACACAAAUACAUUAGAAGGAAAUAAGAAAGGGGCACUUGUACAAAGAGUGUAUUGUUUUGGACAUGGCGGAUUGCUUUAUAAAAUAUACGACUUUGUUUCAUCUAAGGAGAACAAUUGAAUUCAAACUCUGCUUGUCUACCGAGUACGCAGAACAGAGUGUUAGCUGUCAAGAUCCAAUUACGCUAAACAGCUCAUCAACGCGCACAAUACAUGUUAAUUCUCGUAACCUAGUCAACACAGUCAAGUGUAUUGAUGAUACGCAAAUAAUCUUCCUAUAAUUUGUAAUAAAUAAUGUUUUAAAAAAUA